ACUCAGUGCCCACUUACAUCACUAGAAAAAAUGAAAAACAUUAGUUGAAGUAAUAGAAAUACAACGUGCAAAUUGGCAUUUUGAGCACCAAGUUUGUCGAUAAGGACAUAACACACAUUGGGUGCUGGUUGUUCGGGGCAGUCUUCGAAGCUAGAGAGUUGCGUCAGCAGGUAACAAAAUGCCAGGAAAGGUGGGCGUCAAAAUAAAAGCUGCGCGUAAUCUGCCAGUGAUGGACAAGAGCAGCGAGACAACCGAUGCCUUUGUGGAAAUCAAGUUGGCUAACAAAGAACACAAAACAGAGGUGUUCCGCAAAAGUCUAAAUCCUACAUGGAAUACUGAUUGGUUUCGCUUUGAAGUUGACGACGCAGAGCUGCAAGACGAGCCGCUGCAAAUACGCCUAAUGGACUAUGACACAUACUCUGCAAAUGAUGCGAUUGGCAAGGUUAACAUAAGUCUUAAUCCCCUAUGUCUGGAGAGCUCUAGUCAGUCGGCUCAUGGCAAGGGCAUUGUGCUCUCAGGCUGGAUACCUGUCUUCGACACAAUGCACGGUAUACGCGGUGAAAUAAACAUAAUCGUCAAAGUGGAUUUGUUCUCCGAUGUCAACAAGUUUCGACAGAGCUCUUGUGGCAUCCCCUUUUUUCAUUCUCAAUGUGUUCCCUUUGGUUAUCGUGCUCAAGUCAUUCAUGGAUUUGUCGAGGAGCUGGUGGUUAAUGAUGAUCCAGAGUACCAAUGGAUUGACAAGAUACGCACACCACGUGCUUCCAACGAGGCAAGGCAGGUUGUCUUCCUCAAGCUCUCCGGCCAAGUGCAGCGCAAAAUGGGCCUGAAAGCCAUCAAUAUGGGUGCCAAUGCAGUCAUUGGCUAUACACAAUGCUUUGAUCUAGAAGGUGAUGUAGGAGUUGUGGCACGAGGCGUCGGCACAGCUGUCACUCUGAUCAAGGACACCAGCAGCAGUCAACCAAACAGCGCGGAUGUAGCCCUUAUCGAAGAAGUCCAAAAAUAUUUAGAUUUUCUCAACUGCACCGCUGGCAGUAGCGCUAGUCUGCCACUGUCCGGCAGAUCACCUCAAUAUCGUCUUAAUAUAUAUAAGCAGCCCAGUUUUAGUUCGCCCAGUUCGGCGGCAGCAGCAGCAGCAGCGGCAGCAACGUUGUUCUACUUGGAAAGCGGCAGUAGCGAUACGGAGGACGCGGAUGUUAUGCAGAAUCUCUUGAGGCAAGAGGAUGAGCGGGGCGAGAGAACACGCGAGAAGAAGUUGCGUCAUCGCAUGCAUCGCUUGACUUUGUCCUCGCGAAAUGUGUUCAGCGAGAAGUACGCAACACUUUUGCGGCGCAUUGAGCCCAAGAUACCGGAGAACGCCACGCAAUCUCUAAGCAACCUGCUCAGUGGAGUCGGAUCAAGCACAAAGCGUCGUCGUAAAUCGCGCCAUUCGAUGGGUAAGCGGACAUCGCAGUCCAUAACACGUUCGAUUAGCGAUGAUACUGGCGCUGGGCCAUCUAUGUGUCAGCUGGCGGUGCCACGACUGCCCGUGUAUCAGGAAAGUACACGCUCAGCCCCGGAUCUGGAGAUGGAUGUAUUUCAGCGUAAGUCCAUGUGCUCCUCGGACUCAUCGGACUCGUUGUCAAUAAUUGAAAUGCUUGCCCCAGGCAUCGACAGUGCAGCAGCAGAAGCUGCAGCCGAGUCUAGCGAUGAGGAGCUGGAACAGCUUCAAACGUUCAGAGAUGACGAUUUACAGGAUAAUUGGAUUAAGCCCGGCGAGACGCGCAGCUGUGAGAACAGCCAGCUGGAUUUGACGCCCAAGCGACACACGCUCCUCGAGGACUUGAAGGGUUUCUCCCGUCGACUGCAACAGCUGAUGCAUCUGACACCCAAGCAACCAAUUAAACCAAAACGCUGCCUUCUACUGGCCGCUGCUGCACUAGAGCCUUCUUUGGAACGCAAAUCAUAUUACAGCUCACAACCGGAGCUGCCCACCAGCAGCGCAUUCGAUUUUCCUUGCGCUAAUCUGAGUGCUUUUGCAUCCAUGUUGCAGCUGAAUCGUUUGCCCAGCUAUGAAUCCAAUUUGCAACGCUGCGCUUCGCUUAGUCAUUUCGCAAGCGUUAGUUGUCUAGAUGCUGCACCAUUAGAAAAGUUUGAUUCCCGAGCACUACCAACGUCACCGUCACUGCUACCGCCACCACAACCACAACCACAGCCACCAGUAGCCCAACAAAUAAUAAAGGAAUAUCCGAACACGUUGCUGCCAGUUGCGCCCGUUCUGUGCAUUUGCCCAUCGACCCCAACCCCAACAGAAUCCGAAAAUAGCGCACAACUAUCGCCUACACAGGCGCGUGCUUUUGAUUAUUAUGACCCACCCGUUUUCAAACUAGACCAUGUUGUAAAUAUCUCGUAUAGUACUAACCAUAGUAACAACAAUAAUGAAUCAUCAUUGCUUGCUCCAUGCUAUUCUGUUUCGCCAUCUGCCAUAUCAAACCAACAACAACGCUCUACUAGGUCCAGUAGCGAACUUCAGCAACAGCAGCAGCAACAGCCACAGCAGCUACAGCCACAGCAGCAGCUACAGCCACAGCAGCAGCUACAGCCACAGCAGCAGCUACAGCCACAGCAACAGCAGCAACAGUCGACACCACAAGGGGUGCUCAUACCCACGACCAUUGCGACGAUCGAGAAUAGUGCAAAUCUGAAAAGGUUAGCAUCGCCGGUUAGCAACAAUCGCUUGAAGCUAACGCCGAGCCCAUCGAAGAGUGGAAUUUCGGGUGGCACGAAUGCGGACAGCGCAUCUACAUCCACCACCUCAACAGCCACAACGAUGGUGCAGGUCAAGGAACUGGGUGAGAUCUGCCGUCGUUCGUCCGACUCCGAUCUGAGUGUCACACCAAAAGGUAACUCCAUCUGCGUGGCUAGCGAGCGGCUGGUGGCGGCAACUGCUAUGAUGCGUCUGACCACGCCCACGGUGGGCAGCAAGGCAACGGACAGUCUAGAUAUGCUGGAGUAUCCCUUUCUAACUAUGACCAAGUAUCCCAAUGGGUUUAUUCUGCACCUGGGUGCCACUGUAGCAGCACGGUCGGUCAAACUUCUGGAACGUGUGCCCAAUCCCGAUGAACCAGAGGUUCGCGACAGCUGGUGGACGGAGUUGCGAAUGGAGAUUCGCUCCCAUGCCCGUUCUUUGGGUUGUAAUGUGGUGCUGGGCUACGCGGAGUGCACAACCAUAUCUGACGAUGUGUGCGUUUUGUCUGCAACUGGGACCGCUGCAGUCAUCAACAUGGUCUUCAAUCGCUCAGUCUCGCAAACGGACAUCUUCACUAUAUCAAAGGCAAGCAAUAUUAUGACCGCUAUGAGCAAUUCGAUGGAGGAUCGUGAGGCAAAUGGCAGCGUUGGUGAAACUGCAGCCUCGGGAAAGGACGGCAUCUCGCUGGGCACAGCCAACGGCUCGGGCAGUAAACGCUUCGGCAUGCCUAAUCAAAACUCCCAACGUAACACCUGUGCCAUCUGCCAUGUGCCAUACAAUCUGAGCGUACCCUUUAAUGUCAAAAUGAAGAAGUGCGCUAUCUGCCGCAAAGGUCGAGUGCCGGAUGUUCUGUUGGCCACAUUAGAGGUUCCAGAAUAUAUGCAGGUGACUGGACGUGGGUGUUUCAUGCAGGCACAGGUGGUGCGUGCCAAGAGGGACCUGCGCGCCGAAUCGAAUGCCAAAGAGAUUUCCGAUGGCUUGCCAUUUCUAGAGUACGAGUUGCAUCGUGUACUGAUCAAUAAGCUGAAGGCUAAGGGCAUGAAUGCCAUCUUUGGACUACGCACCCAGGUGGCCAUUGGUGAACGCAUGAUAGCUUUAAUUGCCACGGGCACGGCUCUAUUUUUGACUGCAUUGCCCGUUCCGAUGGUCCCUAAAAUUGUAGCCGGCAACUCGUGGACAGACAAGCAAAAGCUGAAUGAACUGCAAAAAAAACUGCAGGAGACAUUUGAACGCAAUCAAGAGAUCUAUCAGCUAAAGAGUAUGGAUCCCGAUUUGGCCAGCAUCAGUGGCGGAGCAGGCGGCGAUAAGCAAUCCGAUACAGAUGACUCCGAUGAUGAGGAGAUGAAUGAAAUCGAUUUGAAUUGCGGUAAUAAAGAGCUAUGCGUACUUGAGGUAGAUGAUAUUGAGGAUUUGGAAAUCAUUUCACUACUCAUGGAACCAUAUCCACCCGAGGGCUUCCAUGUGGUUAACACACAACAGGUGCCGGGCAUGUUGGAGCUGGAUGCUGUCAAAAAUCUUCAAAUGUUUACGCAAGUGUGGCGAGCUCGCCUCGAGGUGGGACAGAAUGUAAAUGGAUUCCCCAAACAUUUUCAGCGACUUCUGCAGACCAUUUAUUUUAAGUUACGCACAAUGAUUCCCUGUGCAAUAUGCGAUCUUCGCUUCAGACUGGAUUUGCCUGAAACGGACCAAAUCCAGUUGCUGGUCACCGGAAUGGCCAUGGGUCUGAGCGAUGGCAACAAAAUGAAAUACCGUCGUCGGGGGCCGCCGGCCGCUCAAGUGCAAAAUGGUUUGAGUGAUGCAGCAACGCUGUCGGCACCUACUGUUCACGAAACUCAAUCCCAGCCAGAGUUGAAUGGCAAGCGAAUACUGCAAGAAGAGGAUUACAUAUUUCCACUAGACGAGGAUCAAAUGGUUGAUACACCCACGCCCACCAGCUCGGCCAUACCUCCCUUUGGCAUGAAUUCUUUCAAAGUGCGAAAGACUUCGCCAUCACAACUCUGUAAUCUAGCUACACCCUUACCCGCACCUAAGCCAAUAAAUAUAGGUCCACCGCCACGCAACCGCUACUUCCCACUUCGUGAUCGUUAUGGCGUAGACUUGACGCCACUUAGCUUCAUACCCGGUGCACGUAUUGACAAGUAUUUGGGAAAUCUUAACUUUUUCUUCAUUAGGGAGAGCACCUCGAUACGCGAAAACGGCGGUAUUAGCGGAUUCGUGCAUGGAUUCAUUACCGAAUUACUGGCCGUUGUGCGCGCUCAUAUUGCUUCGCUGGGCGGAAACGCAAUGGUCUCUUUCUAUUUGACCGAACUCAUAUUGUUUGACAAUCAGCACAAGAAUCAGGGUCAGUGCCUGAUUAGCAUUGGCGGCGAUGCGGUGUAUGUCAGCUACUAUGCCGACGACUGAUAUAAACGUUUGCGGGGCA